CCUGGGGUUACCCCUUUAACUUGGAUCUAUCAUUUGCGACUUGUAACGCGACAUAAGUUUCUAAAAAAAGGAUUAUAGGAUUUUAAUCGCCAAUGCAGGGGCCAGUGAGACUGGAGGGUGGUUCUUCGCUAGCGAUUUUGGUAGGUACGCUGUCGAUGAUGGGCGCUUCCGCAGCGCUCCUGCAUAAUGAAGUAACCCCCUUACCACCUCAUCCCCUUAAACUAAUGGUCUCGACGAGCGCCUCCUCGUGCCGCGCGCUCCUCAGGGUGAAGGAGGUAGCCGAUGGUCAGACCUGGACGAGCAGUGCUGGCAUACUCGGCCCGCAAUACGCACGCGGUGGAACAUGGUCUGGCCCAGAGUCAAGUAGCUUCCCUCCGCAAAUGGACAGCAAGCAGCUCGACCCCUUUGCGAGCCGAGAAACUAGCUGAGCGUUCAACUGGUGAUAUGUGGGAAUUGUACAAUUUCCGAAACUUUGGCUCCUUCGAAUAUCUGUGCUUGCGGGGGUGUCAGUGGGGGUGGAAGCUGUGGACAUCGGACGAGGGAACGGGGAGGGGGAAGGGAGGCAAUGUCUUGGAUCAAAAACAACUAAGGUUACG